GUAACUUAUAGUCUGUGACUCUGUUAAUCAUUUUUUGUGAUAAACUUUAGGUGUGGUAGUAAUUUGUUAAUUAUUUCGCAAAGUUUACAGCGAUGUCGGCUACUUUAAAGCCUUAUUUAACGGCUGUACGCCAUACGUUGGCAUCCGCUAUGUGUUUAGAACAUUUUUCAUCGCAGGUUGUGGAAAGAUAUAACAAACCGGAGGUGGAAGUCGGCACAAGUAAAGAAUUGUUAUUGAACCCAGUAAUCAUAUCGCGGAACGCAAAUGAGAAAGUGCUAAUAGAAUCAUCCAUUAACUCAAUUAGAAUAAGUAUUAUGAUCAAACAAGCUGAUGAGAUUGAGAAGAUUUUAUGUAAAAAGUUCAUGAGAUUUAUGAUGAUGAGGGCGGAGAACUUUAUCGUACUCCGGCGGAAACCUGUGGACGGCUAUCACAUCAGUUUCCUGAUCACGAAUUUCCAUACUGAACAAAUGUACAAACACAAACUGGUCGACUUUGUGAUAUACUUCAUGGAAGAAAUUGAUAAGGAGAUAAGUGAAAUGAAGCUUGCAGUUAAUGCACGCGCCAGAAUUUGCUCAGAAGAAUUCCUUAAAAGAUUCUAAUGUUAACAUUCUUUAUAAGUGAGAGUUUACAUUGACUAGUGACAGCAAGUAACCCCAAUUACAACAUACAUUUGAAGCAAUUGUUUAGUAGAAUAUUUGCCUAUAAAAAAUAACCACCUGGAAUCUGGCCCGGCCAGCAAAGAUGUGAGAUUAUAAAACUUAUUGAUUACAGAUUGCAAUUGUGUAAAGUUAUUAUUAUUGCUGUCAAUAUUUAUAUGUAAACAAGCUCUUGUAUAAUAGUUGUAAAAUUCCAAUAUCUGUACUCGCCAAUAUGUUUAAAGGGAAGACUGUUUCUUGUGCAUUGCAGUAUGGAUUAGUAUUUAUUUGUUUGGUAGAUUUGUAAUUUAACCCAUCACAUGAUCCUACUGACCGAAUUUAAAACAUGCCUAUUAUGCUUACUGUAUAUAUACUGUCUGUAAUAUGACACGAGUAUAUUAAGUGGGCAGAUAAUUGUGCCUCUGAGUAUAUGAUUAAGUUACAGGUGGUGCAAGUAUGCCAAAUGAAGGUUAAAUGUUAAUUGUAAAAACUAAUAAACUGUGCAUUAAUAAGCAAAUCAUGUUAAUUUAUGAACAAAAUACCAAUAAAUAACAUUUGUUAUAAAACUCUUUGAACAGGAUGUUUUUAUCUCAAAAAGCGGUGUUAAGGAUUUUGUUUCAGGAACAAAUUAUGCAGCAAUGUUAUUUUCCUCAAUGAUCAUAAAGUUUACUUAACUAAUGAAAUAUUAAAAGUCUUUAUAUAUGUUGUGACUUGUCUCAGCAUUUCUGGUAGAUACUUGAUUAAUGAAGCCACCUUUUGCCACAAACAGUCAACAAUCAAAAUAAUAACUAAUGCUAGACACAAACAGUCAAUUAUUCUCACAUUACUGAAAAGCAAAUGGCAGUACCCAAGCUGCAUACUAAUAGAAGUCAUGUACACAGUGACCAACACAAUCAAUUAUAGUCAUAGGUGCUACAGAAACGUGAGAAUAAUUGACCGUUUAUGGCUAGCAUUAGUUAUUAUUUUGAUUUAAUAAGUUCCUUUAUGUUGAGCUGUCUUAUAGUAAGAUAAAAAGAAGCUGGUAUAAUGACAAGAUGCCCUGUUGCAAUUAAUUUAAUUUAGACCUCAUUCAAAUAGUACUACUUCUUGCACAAUACUGAUUAAGAGAACUAAAACUUUAUUUAACUAUAAAUUUUCCUGACAUCUUUGAUUUUGAUAAUCUCCAUUGAUAACACCAUGUAGUCACAAAACCUUUUAACUUAUUAAUUAUUAAAUAAUUCUUCUACUUUGUAUAUUGCAUUAUUGAUUGAUUUUGGUGUGUUUUCUUUGCAAUCUGUUAUUAAAAAAACAUUCAGCAAAUGGUCUGUAUGUUGUCAUGACUUGGAUGGAAGCUUGGAGGGCAUCACGUCCAGUGACAUGAGCCCUAUGUAUUCUUUUCUUUAUUAAAGAUCAUCAAUCAAUCAAUCAAUCAAUUUAUUUCUUUGCAGAUACAUUUAUUAUUAUUAUUUACAUUUAUUUCAUCAGGAGCUUUUCUUUUUAGUCUUUUAGAUUUGGACUUAUUCUUCAUUAAAUGUCUUGCAACUAUGUUUGGAUGGUUAUCUACUUUCAUAGUGUGUAAUUUCUUCUUUUACAGAUCUUAUUUGUAGGUCAUGGUGUAAUUGCUGGUUCGUUACAAACCAGGGUGUGUUUGCAAUUAUUCUCAGCAUCUUGGACUGAAACCUUUGUAAAAUUGAUUGAUUUGACUCCAAAUCCAUUCUUUGCAAUUUUUGGAUGUGCUACCAUCAAUCUAAUAAGUUACACUGCUACAAAAUAUUAACUUGAAGAACUUGCAUACAUACUUUCACAUAAUGAACUGAAUGACGCCAAGUUAGCAAAUAGCCCUCUGAUAUCAUUAUGACAUACUAUACAUGUUUUGGACUCAAUGUAUAUUAUCUGGGCACAUUUAAUUUGUAUUAAGUAAAAAGGUAUGUUAGAAAUUAUGUUAAAUAAAGUGUUUUAAGUAUUUUUUAGAUAGCAUGGGUACAGUGACAGUUGCCUUAUGGCAUCCAUAAUACAUACUAUUAUCGUGAAUCACGGCAAACUUUCACAAGUGAAACGAACUGUCACCAUACCCAUGGCUAUCUGAAAAACACUAAUAAUUGGAUCAAAGAACAUUGUUUAAAUUUAUUACUUUCUUAAUGUAGGUGUAUGUAAUAAUUUGUUUUUUUUUAUUAAGAAUACUAUUUAAAUUGAAAAUAUUAAACACAUUAAUUUGC